AUGGCAAAAUUGCUUCCUAACCAUGUCGGGAUAGUUAUUAUGAAAAAUUUUGAAUUUGCUCUAAUGAACCGUCUGAAGGACCUAGCUAUAUAUGUUGAAGAAAGAGAGGAAAAUCAAGAAGGAGAAAAGUCUUUCGUAAAAUUAAUAUACGAGAUAGAAGUUUUGAAUAUAAAUUUGCGUCAUGAAAAACCUUUAGCAGUUAUUGGUAUUCCUAUGUGGCAUGCCAAGGCAAAUAAAGUAAAACAUAACAGAAAAAUAGAGAAUAUAAUGAUACAUUACAAUAUAAACCGUGACGAAGCACGUAAAAAAAUUAAUGCUAAAGAGCUUGCUAAACUUGAGAUUAAUGGAAAUGCAUUUGGAAAUGAAAAUAUCAAUAGACCUCCAUUGAAUAUGUAUUCUGGAAGUAAUUUUUUAGGGAUUCCUUUUGAUUUGCUUUUUUGUGCUGGUGGAGCAAAUGACCGAAUGAGAGAUAAAUUUUUAGGUAAAGAAUUUCUAAAAUUUUGUUUAAUAACGUUGCUAAUCUUUCUAAAAUUUGUAUGCCUUUGUCGCCUCUAUAAUUUUUAA